CCCCCCCCUCCCCCAGUUAAAUAAAUAGCCUACAUUAGUGUUCUAGGUUCCUUUAAUAAACUCUCAUUCUAAUAGCAACCGUUGAUCAGGAUGUAUCACAAUAUGGAUGUGGGGGAGCCUCAUGUUCAGAUCUUUGAGGAGCCCAAGCAGAGGGGAAUGCGCUUCAGGUACAAGUGUGAGGGCCGUUCAGCUGGGAGCAUUCCAGGAGAGAGGAGCACCGACAGCAAUAGAACCUACCCCAGCAUACAGAUCCUGGACUACUGUGGAAAAGGCAAGGUGAGGGUGUCACUGGUCACGAAGAAUGAGCCCUACAAGCCACACCCCCAUGACUUGGUUGGCAAGGACUGCAGGGAUGGGUACUACGAAACAGAGUUUGGUCCCGACCGCAAGGUCAUUGCGUUCCAGAAUCUGGGGAUCCAGUGUGUGAGGAGGAGAGAGGUCAAGGACGCCAUCAUGCAGAGAGUGAACCGCUGUAUCAACCCGUUUGAGGUAUCCCGGGAGCAGCUGUUGCAGACAGAGGACUAUGAUCUCAACGUGGUGCGCCUCUGUUUCCAAGUCAUUCUGCAGGACCAGGCAGGACAGUACACACGAAGGCUUUCCCCCAUUGUCUCCAACCCCAUCUAUGAUAACCGGGCCCCCAACACGGCAGAGCUGCGAAUCUGUCGCGUCAACAAGAACAGCGGCAGUGUGCUGGGCGGGGAGGAGAUCUUCUUGCUCUGCGAUAAGGUGCAGAAAGACGACAUCGAGGUCCGCUUCUUCAUGCAGAGCUGGGAGGCCAAAGGCUCCUUCUCCCAGGCCGACGUGCACCGGCAGGUGGCGAUCGUCUUCAAAACCCCCCCGUAUUUUGACACCUCCAUCACAUCCCCCGUCACCGUGCACAUGCAGCUCCGCCGGCCCACUGACCAGGAGGUCAGUGAGCCCAUGGAAUUCCGCUACCUGCCCGAUGACAAAGACCCCUAUGGCUGCCAGGAGAAGAAGAGGAGAAGGGAAGACCUGAUGAAGUCCUUUCCCAGCCUCCCUGCAGUUAUGAAUAUGGCAAACAGACCCAAGAUGUCUGCACGAAUUCUCCAUGCCGUCAAAAAAGAGCCACAGAACUCGUACAUGAAGCCAGCGUUGUCUAGCCGCAUGCUUCAGACCCCUGGAAUGUACGACAGCUCCGUGUACCAGCCUAGCCAGCAGCCCCCAAUGAUGAUCUCGCAGGCUUCCCUCCAGCGCACAGUGCCCAUGAGCAGCCCGUGGUCCCAUGGCACCCCUGCACUCUCCCUGGACACCAUCCGCAUCCAGUCGAGUCGCGACAGCACCGUCGGCAGCCUGCAGCCCAGCAUGACAUUACCUGCCCCGGGGGAUGGCAGUGCAGCCGGCCUGCCACGGCUGACGGAGCGGGACCUGCAGUGCCUGAUGACGGAGGCCCAGAUGUCCGAGGCCCAGACCUGGCGGUCGCCUCCCCAGCAGCACCAGCAGCAGCAGGCCCAGCACGGGACCCACAGGAAGGAGGCCACCACAGAGGCGUCAAACAUGCAGUCCGCCUGGCCCAGUUACAACAUCCCGCCCGGUGCCGCCGGCUCCAUGAAUGGAGACGGCUGUCUGCCACUGACCACGCCCUUCAACUACAUGGACGUGAUGGAAAACGAGGACAUUCUGCAGAGCUUCACUGACCAGCCGGGCUUCCAGCUCAAGCAGGAAACCGGCACCAUGGGACAGGAAAUGCCUACCAAUAUGCCCUCCUCCAGCUGCACCUACACUGCACUGAUGCCUCCCCAUCAGAUGAACAACAGGAGCUCCAUGGAAGCCCUAAGGCAGGUUAUGGGAGACUCUUCCAGCAGUCCCGGCCCCACCCUACAGAACAACUUUGCAGUCAAUGGCAUCAGUGGCGAAGACACCCUAAGCUGGCAACCGUUCUAUGCUGAGUGAAGACAAGACCUCCACCAUCCUCUGGGAUGUAAACCCACAACCAGCUGAGACGACCUGCCACCUCGCAGAUGGCUGGUACGCGACCCGCGUGAUCUGAAUGGGCUUGUCUGGCAUCUACUGCCAGUAGCACCAGGAUUUGAAUGUAUUGUGCUCUUGGCAGUGAAUGCUAGCCGAACGUGGGCACCCCACUGGGGGACGAGAGAUCGAGGCAGUGCGUCUUUCAAAGUUUCUCGAAAGCGAAGUUUCAAAGUGAAGUAUAUUCCUCCAUCUUCCAUUUCUGAAGAGGAAGUGAGAGGGAAGCUAUAUUCCAGUACAAUGGCUAUGCCAUUUUUUAACCCUUCACUACCCAAAAAUCCUCGGUGUCCCAUGGAAUUAAUCAUUCUCCGGGGUUGGGUUGUGUAAAAGGGCUUCACCAACAGCUUUUUUUGUUUCAAAGUACAAUGGUGUGCAUCAUGACGAUGUGUUUCUUUGCUCUUUAAAUCGGCCGCUCCUUUUUUUUUUUGACAUACGACACUUACUUAUGUGUUAAUUAAAAUAUCAGUGUAUAUGCUUUUUAAUAGGUGCUUAUCUGAUUUAUUUUGAGUUUUAUAUGUACUGUGUUACCUGACAAUGUUUGUAUUAAGUAUGCAAUAUUUAAUUUGCAACUACCAGACCAUUUUUAUGGGCAAAAUAUUUUUUUUUUCCUCUUUAUCAAAUAAAAUUCUGGUUUAUUGUAUUUACGACCAAGAGAGCCCUAAAAAUCGGGUCCAGUCUACUAGUAAGAGUUCAUUUCAGAUGCAGUUAUCCAGAGUAAUAUCCUUUAGAUGCGGUCUUUAUGUUGUGUGAUGGGUUUAUACCAUCACCACCUCUCUGAAUCCAGACAAACCAGCUGUCACAGCCCUGUCAGUCUCUAGUAUAACUGACAUUAACCUGUCAGUCUAAAUCUGUUCUCUUUUGUGUUGUUGUUUUACUUUUACGUGCUUAGCAUUAUUAAACGGAACUAAGUAAUUGCGCGGGACUGUUGUUCUGACGGCCGAGGUACGUUAGACGGAAGCACGUUUUUUUCCCAUGUCCAGUUCGGUUGCUAACGGCUCCUGCUUUGUGUACUUGUCAUCCAAGGACAAAGAAAUAGACGCUUAAGAUGAAGGUUAAAUCCCUUCCGUAAGUAGCCAACGAGGUAUGUGUAUUUUGUUAAAUUUAGUUGUGUUUAAGUUGUAUUUAGCCACGUAAAUGCUAAGUAUGAGGUUCGCGUUAGCCUAGCGAAUUCAUAUACAUUGUAUAUGUUUCGUGAUUUUCAAUAAAUGCUCAUGUAAAUGAGAUGUACAAGCAAAUAGUUAUAUUUACUGUCAUUUAAUGUUUAUUUUUCAUUUGAAUUUCGAUAUUUUGUUGGUUAAUAUCGCGAGUAUAUUCGCAUGGAUUUGUGCUUCUUUUAAAUGAAUGUAAUAAGCGGACCAAAAGCUCAUGGUUAAUUUCGAUUGAUGUGUACAGCUGUGUAUAGCCUAAACGGCUAAUGUUAGGUAGCAGGUUUAAACAAGGAACAAAACUGAUGUAGUUUUAUGUUUUAUUUAUCUGUAUUUAGUUCUCACGUAUGCAAUUGAUGGUGAUGCUGAUCAAGGUGAUCCUACUGAAUAAACCAUCAAUCAGUUAAAACCAAACAA